AUGACUAGAGCAGGCUACAAUCUACGAGAUAUCGAAGGUACUGGGAUGGCCAGCGAUCUUGUAUAUAAACGCUUGGGAUCAAAGUUUGUUCAAGUUGAGAGACUAAACGAUGGAGAGCUCAAGAUCGUGUAUCCAAACCGGAAAUUAGUUGGAAAGCGACGUAGUGUGUCUCCGGUUGUAGCUAAAAUACUGAAGACUUUGAUUUAUGAUAAGGAAGUAGAUCAAGAAGCCUACAAUAAGCUACCUAUGGAUGAUAAGCAGCUAUUCCAUGAGAUCUUGCGCAUCACGCACAUUCAAUACGAGUUCAAAAAUCCACUACAGGAUCCAAGAGAAGCGUUAAAGCAAGAGUACAUCAAACUCAAAGGCGAGAUAAUGCUAGGCAAUGACAAUCCUGAGAUCGUCGAAGAGCUAAAGACGGUACUUGUAGAUAUGUAUUCAGCUAAACUAAUUUUUCUCAUGAUGAAUUUAAAGAAGUUCUAG